AUGUCGUCCGCAGCGCCAAGACCGCGCUCGCCAUCGCCCACCGCACGUCGAUACGACGAUCGCCCCUCGUCGAGCUCCCGCCACGCUUCAUCGCGACGCCGCGAUGACGACGACGACGACCGAUACCGCACCUCGUCUCAUCGGCGACACAAUCACGACGAUGGCGACAACAAAGACAGGGAUCGCGAACGUGAACGUAGCAGGAGGCAUGAGGACAGAUACAGGGAUCGUCGCGGUGACGAGCACGACGAUCGACGGCGGAGGUCGCACCACGACGGCGACAGAGACCACUGCUCCUCGCGGCACCCAUCCAGCUCAAGCAGAAGGCAAGACGAGAGGCACCGCUCGUCGUCCCACCGCGAUUCUCCCUCGCACUACCGCAGAGACUCGGAUCGCAACGGAACGACAUCGCACCGAGACCGAGAUCGAGACCGAGACCGAGACCGCGAAAGAGAUCGAUACGGCUCGCGACGUCGAUCCCGUUCGCGCUCUCCCCCCGGUCCCUCCUCGGCACCGACACCAUCCCGGCCACCACCACCACCACCGGCACCGGCACCGGUACCGGCAGCCGAAGGCGUCGAAGCUGCACAGGAUGGCGACGGCGGCGACGACGCGCCCAACUUUGAGCCUUCGGGGCUCUUGGCCGCCGAGUCCAACAACAAGGACGGAGUGGCGCUCAAGUACCACGAACCGCCCGAGGCGCGCAAACCGUCCAAGCCGUGGCGCAUCUACGUCUACAAGGACGGAAAGGAAGUCGACAUGAUCCCGAUUGGAAGCCAGUCGGCCUACCUCCUCGGGCGCGAUCGACUCGUCGUCGAUAUCCCGCUCGACCACCCCUCGUGCUCAAAGCAGCACGCCGUCAUCCAGUUCCGCCGCACGGUUGAACGGAACGAGUUCGGAGACGAAAAACGCAAAGUCAGGCCGUACCUCAUCGACCUGGAAUCCGCAAAUGGAUGCCUCGUCAACAAGGCAGAGGUACCCCCCUCGCGCUACUACGAAAUCAAGAACGGGGACUCGAUCCAGUUCGGCGCCAGCACCCGCGAAUACGUCUGCAUCGACGAGUCGGCCGUCUAG